AUGCAUUACAAACAUACAUCUUCAAGCCUACGUUCCCAGUAUCUGGGUAAUGCUGGCAGGACUUCAGCAGCUUCCCGCGAGGAGACUAUCUCAGCGUGCGCUUCUACUCGCCGCUCUCAACGCGCUUCGCGGGGCGGUAGCCACAUCGUCUCACGCGAUCGUCCUAUCUCUGGCCCAGUUCUUACAGAGGCACUGCGUCGGCAAGACUCAGCUCACCAGCCUGAUCAAGCUCUGUCUCCGCUUUACUCUAAGACAGUGGCUGUGGUAUCCGAUGGAAGCUUGGCUCACGAGAAAACCCCACCGUUCCCUAGGGACGAACCAGUGGACAUUUCGGUUCAUGUCAAUUCAGAUUCUGGUAGCGGUGCUCCAGCAUGGACGCCCAACAAUCGUGACUCUAUUAUCAGCUACGCACAGAACGAUCAUGGCAUCACAUCAAAUGGUCAUAGAGUUCCUCUGCGCGUGGUCAAUGCUUCUAGCAUACCUAGUCCUCGCAUGCUGUCUCGCCAAAGCUCGUACGUGGAGUAUGACCAGGACGUUACUGUUCCACGCACCCAAAGCAGUCGUAACUCUACCAUCGAAUAUGCCCAAAUUGAUCGAGGCAUAAUCUCAAACCACCUCCAUGCCAAUCUGCAAGUUGCCAAUUUUACCAUGAAUUCUACUCUCAAUGCACCAUCUAAUCGAGACUCCACUGGCUCGUACGUGUACACUGAUCGUGGAGCCCUCGGAUAUGUCCUCCAGGCCCCUCUCACCGUGAUGAACCCGGCCAACCUGCGCUUUAUUGAUACAAUCAACGAAGAGCCUGACAUUCAAUAUGAUCAGCGCGGUGAGGAAACUCGUCGCCGACGGUCGUUGGGUUUGGUCAACGCCUUGCCCGAAGCAACACAGCUUGACCAGCUUGAUCCCAACUUCUCCACGCACCAACAUCAACUCGAGCACUCUGAACGGGUGUUAGGAGACGAUGAUGGAGCAAGCGUCUUUCGGGGUAAUCGUAAAAUCCACCGACUAUCUCGUAGUGCGUCCGCAGCUUUGCUGCGCCCUCUCAAAGAUGGGUUCACCAAAGUGCGAGCGUUGUUUUAG